GCGAGGUAGCUCGUGGGCUGAACGUCACAUCGUUUUGACUCAGUUCUACAUAAAGAUCAUUGAAGCUGGGAUUAAUUUCACCAUCCAGCUGCUGUGUGAGAACAUGAGUGUCGCAGAGGAGUCGUGGUGCUCCUCCUGCCUGCAGUCAGUGUUGUUGACAUAGCUCUGCUCUGCACUCGUUAGCAUCCUCCGCCUCUCCCCUGCCGACCAGCAGCGAUGUACGAAGAGGGGGAAGAGGUGCAGGACGACUGCGGCUCCCGAGAGGAGUGGACGCUGCUGUUCUGGACCUCUCUGGCCGUGAUCGUCCCGGUCAUCAUCACGCUAUGGUGCAGCGCGCAGCGAUCUAAGCGGAAAACACAUAUGAAGGACUUCUUUCGCAAGAGCAAGCACGGCUGGCACUACACAGACCUGUUCAACAAGCCCACCUACUGCUGCGUGUGUUCCCAGCACAUCCUGCAAGGAGCUUUCUGCGAUUGCUGCGGCGUGUGUGCCGACGAGCAGUGCCUGCGCCGGGCCGACCGGAGUUUGCAAUGCAAGGAGAUCAUGGCCCCCUCCCGGCCUGACGGGGCCAUGGAGCACCGCUGGGUGAGGGGAAAUGUCCCCCUCGCCAGCUACUGUGCAGUAUGUAAACAGCAGUGUGGGACGCAGCCGAAGCUCUGCGACUUCAGGUGUGUGUGGUGUCAGAGCACGGUCCAUGAUGACUGCAUGGACAGCCUGGCGGAUGAAGACCAGUGUGAGCUGGGCGAGUUUCACAGCCUCAUCAUCCCUCCUCACUACCUCUACUGUGUCAACAAGCUUCGCAGGAGACACCCUGACGAGUACAGCAAGCUGGCGUCUUCCUGCGGCAGUGGCUGGACUCCAGUGUUGGUCCUGGCUAACACACGUAGUGGUAACAACAUGGGGGAGGCUCUGCUGGGAGAGUUCCGUACCCUCCUCAACCCUGUGCAGGUGUUUGACUUGUCAGAGCUGUCUCCCUCAAAGGCCCUCCAGCUGUGCACCCUCCUUCCCCCUGGUAGUGUCCAGGUGCUGGUGUGUGGGGGUGACGGCACAGUGGGCUGGGUGCUGGAUGCCAUCGACACUAUGAAACUGAAGGGCCAGGACCAGUUUAUCCCAAGGGUGACCAUCCUGCCCCUGGGCACAGGAAAUGACCUUUCCAACACUUUGGGUUGGGGUGCCGGGUAUGCUGGAGAGAUCCCUGUGGAACAGGUUCUCCGCAACAUCCUAGAUGCCGAGGUGGUCAAAAUGGACAGAUGGAAAGUGCAGGUAGCUUCAAAAGGCCUCUACUUUCGGAAACCAAAGGUCCUGUCCAUGAAUAACUACUUCUCUGUGGGGCCUGACGCUCUGAUGGCGCUCAACUUCCACACACAUCGUGAGAAAACACCCUCUUUUUUCUCCAGCCGCAUCAUCAACAAGGCUGUAUAUUUCCUGUAUGGCACCAAAGAUUGUUUAGUGCAGGAAUGUAAAGAUCUGGAUAAGAGGAUUGAGCUGGAGCUCGAUGGGGAAAGAGUGGCGCUGCCCAGUCUGGAGGGCAUUAUAGUUUGCAACAUUGGUUACUGGGGCGGAGGCUGCAGACUCUGGGAGGGUAUGGGAGAUGAACCCUGCCCCCCAACACGGUUGGAUGAUGGUCUGCUGGAGGUGGUGGGUGUCUUUGGCUCCUUCCACUGUGCUCAGAUCCAGGUCAAGCUGGCCAAUCCUGUGCGGCUGGGACAGGCCCACACUGUCAGGUUGGUCCUUAAGAGCUCCAAGAUGCCCAUGCAGGUGGACGGGGAGCCGUGGGCUCAGGGUCCCUGCACCAUCACCAUCACCCAUAAGACCCAGGCCUUCAUGCUGUACCACAGCGCCGAGCAGACAGAUGAUGAUGAUGAGGACGAGGACGAAUCUAGCGCCUCUGAGACCGAGAGCCCUACCCCUCACGACUCACCCAGGCCCCCUGGGCCAGCCUCUGCUCGUGCAUGACACAACCCAAACAUCAUGUGAUGUGAAGCGCUUCUCACCUUAGUUUCUGCCCUUUUAUUUGACCCAGCUUCUAUUAAUCGAUUGUCAUAAUGGCUCAUGUUAUUGGGCGCUUAGUCAUCAUCCUCUAAGAUCUUUGAACACACUUUAUUCUCAGAUCACGGUGAUGAGAGAUGUUAUUUUUUUCUUGUGUAAUGGCUUCAUAUCUUUUUCAGAGAGCUCACAGGUGUUGUAAAGGUUAG